CCUGUUUUUCAAGGACUAAAAAGGAGCUACAUACUCAGAUCUCAGCCAUUUCGACAAAAUUGGAUGUAAGAAAUAGAAUAGGAAAAUCCAGAGAGCAUGUUUGUUUUAGACCGCUGAUUCAUCAAUUUGUAAAUCGACAAAAAGGUAUGAUGCUGGUCUACACACCCAGCGGCCUCAUAGCCCAGCACGGGCUUCUUUUGCUUCUGCUCCUCGCAGCCUGGAAGGCGGGGAGCGGCCAGGUCCGCUACUCGGUCCCGGAGGAGGCCAAACACGGCACCUUCGUGGGCCGCAUCGCCCAGGACCUGGGGCUGGAGCUGGCGGAGCUGGUGCCGCGCCUUUUCCGACUGGCGUCCAAAGGCCACGGGGACCUUCUGGAGGUAAAUCUGCAGAAUGGCAUUUUGUUUGUGAAUUCUCGGAUCGACCGCGAGGAGCUGUGCGGGCGGAGCGCGGAGUGCAGCAUCCACCUGGAGGUGAUCGUAGACAGGCCGCUGCAGGUUUUCCAUGUGGAGGUGGAGGUGAAGGACAUUAACGACAAUGCGCCCAUCUUCUCAGUCUCAGAACAAAAGCUUUCGAUACCGGAAUCUCGACUGCUUGACUCCCGGUUUCCGCUAGAAGGCGCCUCUGAUGCGGAUGUUGGAGAGAACGCAGUGCUGACUUAUAGACUCAGUCCAAAUGAGUUUUUCAUUCUUGAUAUUAUAAACAAAAAAGACAAAGGCAAAUUUCCAGUGCUUGUUCUAGGAAAAAUGCUAGAUCGUGAAGAAAACCCUCAGCUUCAGUUGUUAUUAACGGCAACUGAUGGAGGCAAACCGGAAUAUACAGGAUCUGUUACUCUGCUGAUCUUGGUGUUGGAUGCCAAUGAUAAUGCGCCUAUAUUUGACCGAUCUGUUUAUGAAGUAAAGAUGUAUGAAAAUUCAGCGAACCAAACAUUAGUAAUAUGGCUAAAUGCGUCUGAUGCAGAUGAAGGAAUAAACAAGGAAAUGAUAUAUUCAUUUAGUGCUUUGGUUUCUCCCAGCAUAAGAAGGAAAUUUCUAAUGAAUGAAAAAACGGGAGAAAUAAGGGUAAAUGAUGCUAUUGACUUUGAGGAUAGUAACACUUAUGAAAUUCAUGUAGAUGUUACAGAUAGAGGAAACCCACCCAUGGUUAGUCACUGCACCGUCCUAGUGGAAGUUCUGGAUGAAAAUGAUAAUCCACCUGAGGUGGUUAUCACUUCUUUGGCUCUCCCGGUGCAAGAAGAUGCUCAGGUCGGCACCGUCAUCGCCCUAAUCAGUGUAACUGACCGUGACUCUGGCGCCAACGGGCAGGUGACCUGCUCACUCACACCCCAAGUCCCCUUCAAGCUGGUGUCCACCUUCAAGAAUUACUAUUCGCUGGUGCUGGACAGCGCCCUGGACAGAGAGAGCGUGGCGAACUACGCUCUGGUAGUGACCGCACGCGACGGAGGCUCGCCUUCGCUGUCGGCCACGGCCAGCGUGUCCGUGGAGGUGGCCGACGUGAACGACAACGCGCCGGCAUUCGCGCAGCCCGAGUACACGGUGUUCGUGAAGGAGAACAACCCGCCCGGCUGCCACAUCUUCACGGUGUCGGCGCGGGACGCGGACGCGCAGGAGAACGCGCUGGUGUCCUACUCGCUGGUGGAGCGGCGCGUGGGCGAGCGCGCGCUGUCGAGCUACGUGUCGGUGCACGCGGAGAGCGGCAAGGUGUACGCGCUGCAGCCGCUGGACCACGAGGAGCUGGAGCUGCUGCAGUUCCAAGUGAGCGCGCGCGACGCGGGCGUGCCUCCCCUGGGCAGCAACGUGACGCUGCAGGUGUUCGUGCUGGACGAGAACGACAACGCGCCCGCGCUGCUGCCGCUGCCCCUGCCCCUGCCCCUGCCCGGGGCGCGCGGCGGGGGCGGCGCGCUGAGCGAGCCGGUGUCGCGGGCGGUGGGCGCGGGCCACGUGGUGGCCAAGGUGCGCGCGGUGGACGCGGACUCGGGCUACAACGCGUGGCUGUCGUACGAGCUGCAGCCGGCGGCGGGGGGCGCGCGCAGCCCGUUCCGCGUGGCGCUGUACACGGGCGAGAUCAGCACGACGCGCGCCCUGGACGAGGCGGACGCGCCGCGCCAGCGCCUGCUGGUGCUGGUGAAGGACCACGGCGAGCCGGCGCUGACGGCCACGGCCACUGUGCUGCUGUCGCUGGUGGAGAGCGGCCAGGCGCCCAGGCCGUCGUCGCGGGUGUUGGCGGGCGGCGCGGGCGCGGGCGCGGGCGCGGGCGCGGGCGCGGGCGCGGCGCUGGUGGACGUCAACGUGUACCUGAUCGUCGCCAUCUGCGCGGUGUCCAGCCUGUUGGUGCUCACGCUGCUGCUGUCCACGGCGCUGCGGUGCUCGGCGCCGCCCAGCGAGGGCGCGUGCGGGCCGGGGAAGCCCACGCUGGUGUGCUCCAGCGCGGUGGGGAGCUGGUCGUACUCGCAGCAGAGGCGGCAGAGGGUGUGCUCUGGGGAGGGCCCGCCCAAGGCCGACCUCAUGGCCUUCAGCCCCAGCCUUCCACCGUGUCCAGUACCAGAUGUGGAAAUGGAAGGAGAGUCUUCUGGAGGGGACUACUCUGGAAAGGUGGGUUAUUACUUUUUAAAUUUCCAUAUGUUGCUCUGUGAAGAAUUUAUUAAUCGCUUUUUGCCCUCAUGCCCUCUCAGAAUAUCUUCAUCCUUUCUAAUAUAGCAUAUUGCUGUAAAAUCUCAAAUAUUUCUACUAAUGCCUAAUAUAAUUUAUCUAAAAGCUCGUUUUGGGGGUGUCUGUUGGCUCAGACGGUAGAGCAUGUGACUCUUGGGGUGGUGAGCUCAAGCCCCAUGAUGCGCAUGCAGCCUACUUUUAAAAAUUAAAAAAAGUUCAUUUUGUGUUUUGUCUAUUGUACUCUGUGCAUCAUGUUUUUCUUGAUACUUCAAUUUUUAAAUAGUUCAACUUGUUUUUAAGUAUUUAUAUUUCCAAUCAAAUAUUUGAAGUCGUUUGUAGGUUUUGUUUUUUUCAUAAAGCAGUCUUUUUUAUUUUUACAAGUAUUUAUGAGAAUAGUUCUUUAAGUUUAUUUAACUUUCAAAUCUAAAUUUUGAUAUGGCCAUAUUACUUUUAAAGACUGCUCUCAGGGGAUCCCUGGGUUACUCAGCGGUUUAGCGCCUGCCUUUGGCCCAGGGCGCGAUCCUGGAGUCCCAGGAUCGAGUC